AUGUUUCAAACAACAAAUGUAACUACUUCUGCGGUCCCGACUGCUGCUGUCGUUCGUCCUAGUUAUCAAAUAAUGACUACAACCAAUAAUCAUCAUACAAUUGUUCCAGCUUCUUCAACAAAUCCUUCGUGGCGCUUAACAACACCGACACCAUCAGUUGUUUCAAUGUUAAAUGGAAAUUCUUCAACAUUUUAUAUAGCAACACAACCUUCAGCAACAACAAAUAAUAUUAUUCGUCAAUCUACACAAACAGUACAUCAGAUCUCACCAUCAUUUACAAUAAUUAAUAAUAGUAAUGCAACAAUAAAUGGACAAAUUCCAAUAAUAUCAUCUUUAAAUAAUAAUUUUUCAUCGGAUACUUGUGUUGAUGGAUCUAUUCUUGGACGUUUGCCAACAUCAACAAUUCAACGACAACAAAUGCCUAGAGAAAAUUUAGAAGAACAGACUUCUUCGUCAGGUAAUGAUAUCGAUAUAGAACAUAAUCAACAAGAUUCCGAAAUCGAAUUAUUUGUAAGUAAUGUCGUAUGUUCAUUUGCACUUGGUUGUAAAUUGAAUCUACGUAAAAUUGCUAUGGAAGCUGCAAAUGUUAUUUAUAAACGAGAUCAUGCGAUGGUAUUAAUGAAGAUUCGAAAUCCAUAUUGUUCAGCCAACGUCUGGUCGUCGGGAAAAGUAACAGUAACCGGAACAACUAGUGAGGAUGAUGCGGAACGUGCAGCACGACGUAUUGCUCGAUGUCUGCAACGGCUUGGAUAUAAAACAAAAUUUCGAAAUUAUCGUGUUGUCAACUGUCUUGCAACAUGUUCAAUGCCGUGGCCAAUUGAUAUUGUUAAAUUAAGUCGAACGUAUCCAGGAGAUGUCAGUUAUGAACCCGAAAUUCAUCCGGGUGCUACAGUCAGAUUAAAAAAUAAAGUUGUUCUCAAAGUUUUUACGACUGGUAGUGUUACAUUGACAGCACCGUCCGUCGAAUUAAUCAAUACGGCAGUAAGUGAAUUUUAUCCAAAAUUAUUUGAAUGUCGUAGAUUAACCCGUGCCAAUGAACAACGCGUUCAAAGAAAAUGA